AUGGGCGGCGGCGGACUCUCCAAACCGUGGCUGGCUAAUAUUUCGAGUUCACUGUCCUACGGCAUGAGCUUUCUGGUCACCAUUGCCGGCGGGCCACUUAUUAAUAAGAUCGGAAUCAAAUGGUCUUGCUUCAUCGCGGCCAUGGCCAUGCCACUGCGUGGCUCCUCUUUGUACGUCAAUUCCCGCUAUGGGGUCGACUGGUAUCUCUUAUUCGGAAAUCUCAUCGACGGAGCCGCCUCGGGUUUCCUCUAUGUCGCCGAGACGACUGCCAUGCUAUCCUACCCUCAGCCUGAGCAGCGAGGCCUCGGAAGCUUGAUUGGAGGAGCCAUCAAUUUCUCCAAGAACCGCGGGGCAUCUUCUGCUGGAGGUGUGGCGUGGUCAACCUACGUGAUAUUCAUCUCGUUUGAAUGCAUGGGCGUCAUCUGCGCCCUGCUACUCUCGCCCACCCGCAAGGUCGCACGAAGCGACGGAAGUAAGAUUCUCGUACCCGAUAGGCUCUCUUGGAAACAGGAGUUUCGAAUACUGUGGAAGGCCAUGCAGAAGAAGCAGGUUCUGGGUAUCAUCGUGCCCAGCUUCUAUAGUUUCUUCUAUGGUGGAACCAUGGGAACAUAUCUCAGCCUCCACUUCUCUGUGCGCGCCCGCGCCCUGUCGUCUCUUAUCGUCCGUACGUGUGGUGGCACCCUCGCUCUUCUGCCACCCCCCGAUUGCCGCAUUUAUAGACUAACCAGCCUAUCAAUAGCCGCUCUUACUAUACCGUCGGUACUCGCUUACGGUAAGAUCCUGGACGGCAACUGGACGUCGAGGAAGCGCCAUGCGCAGCUCUGUAUACUCCUCUGGGUGAUCCCCGCCGCUGCAGCCUUCAUCUGGAUUGGCAUCGAGAAUCACCGUGUGGCAUCUCAACCCGCACUCGACUACGUAACAAGCUCGGGCUCGUGGGCUCGUGCGUAUAUACCUUAUCUCAUCAUCUUUGUGGUGGGCUAUUGGACACAGCUCUCACUCUAUUGGAUCCUCGGUAACUUCUCACUGGACGUGGGGAACACGGCGCGCAUGGGAGGACUAUUUCGCGCCUUUGAGACGGCAGGCCAGGCAGUGUCCUACGGCAUCAACUCCUCGUCCAGCAUCGGCGGAACGACGACUCUCUACGUCAACUGUGGCCUGUUUGUUGCUAGUCUACCAUUCUUGUGGUGGCUGAUUCACAUUAUGCCGCCGGUUCCUGGCAUGCUGGAGACCGAGGGCAUCGACCCCAAAGGUCAUGUAAUAGGGGAUCAAGAGAUUGGAGAUCCACAAGGAGUGGACACGAAGAAGCAUUAA